GCAUCUACCGGCGGCCAUGGGUCGUGACUUGUGUCAAUUUGAGCUUUGCAUCUUGUUCUAGUGUUCUCGCUCUGUUUAGUUAUUUCCUUACCACUUCUUUCUACAGCUGCUCAUAGGAUCAUGUUUCUCAUCCGUCGCGCACCCUUGAGGGUCUUUCCCAAAAUCGCUGCGCUUCAGCAGCGCCGAGCGCUCGGUAGUGUCAGUGCCAUUGACUCUGCAAUCUUCAGAACACUGUUCGGCACCGAAGAGAUUCGUCAAGUCUUCGAUGACAAGGCCUAUUUGAACCGCUGUGUUGACGCCGAGACGGCGCUGGCGCGAGCGCAAUCACGAUGCAACGUCAUUCCAUCUCACAUUGGCGAAGUUGUAACUUCCAAGUCUCAAGGCGCGGAGCUCGAUUUUGACAGACUGCGACGAGAGACCGAAAUAGUUGGGUAUCCCAUCCUCCCACUGGUACGGCAGCUUUCGGCACUAUGCGGGGAUGAGGCUGGCCGUUACGUUCAUUGGGGUGCGACAACCCAGGAUAUCAUGGAUCUCGCGAGCAUCCUCCAGAUGAAGCAAGGACUUGAAAUCAUCGAAAAAACUCUGAGAUCUGUCAUUAAGAACCUGGAAAUCCUGUCAAAGAAGCAUCGAGACACUCCCAUGGCUGGUCGCACGCACUUGCAACAUGCAUUGCCUAUCACGUUUGGACACAAGACCGCAAUCUGGCUCUCUGGAUUCCAGAGGCACCUUGAGCGCUUACAACAGCUCAAAUCCCGCACACUUAUGGUUCAGUUUGGCGGCGCAGCGGGCUCGUUGGCGUCCCUGGGCUCCGGCGACGACGGCAUUCGGGUUCGAAAGGAGAUGGCUCGGGAUCUAGGUCUUACAGACCCUCCCAUCACCUGGCAUGUCGCGCGCGACGGUAUUGCUGAAAUCACAAACUAUCUCGCCCUUGUGGGAGGCAGUCUAGGCAAACUCGCGCUCGAUAUAAUCAUCAUGUCAUCGAAUGAGCUGUCAGAGGUAUCUGAGCCUUUCGUUCCUCACCGCGGAGCGUCUUCUACUAUGCCACAGAAGCGGAAUCCCAUCUCCAGCGAAGUCAUAUUAGCCGCCUCUAAGGUACUACGUUCAAAUGCUGGCCUGGUUCUUGAUGGGAUGGUUUCAGACUUCGAACGCGCUUCUGGGCCCUGGCAUCUCGAGUGGGUGGCUGUACCCGAAUCCUUCGUUCUUGCUGCGGGUGCCCUCCACCAGGCGGAUUUCGCAUUGUCUGGUUUGGUCGUGAAUACAAAAGCGAUGCUCAACAACCUUUACUCCACUCGAGGGCUCAUUGUGGCGGAGGCGGUCAUGAUGGGGCUUGCUCCGCAUGUGGGUCGCCAGAAGGCCCACGAUAUCGUGUAUGAAGCUUGCCGAGAAAGUAUUGAGAAUGACACCAGCCUCCUGGAAGCUCUUCAAACGCGGGACGAAGUCACUGGAAAGAUAUCUCACGAGGACUUGAGUUCACUGUGCGACGCCAAGAAUUACCUUGGGUCAUGUGGCCUCAUGGUCGAUGAAGUUCUCGCCAGGUCUUUGUAGUCAGCUUUCUCAAUGUGUGUGGUGGUAUAUUCAGGAUGAAUAAGUUCGAGAUUAAGACACCAGGGGAUAUGACAACUGUUACGUAGUUUCUAGAACGCGAGGCGUUCACAUCAGCAUUUCCAGGUUAGAUAAAUUCGC